AUGGUGCCCAUGGAGAACGAUGGCCCGGAGGCAGAGCCCAUGCCUGUCCGCUCCAAUGACGCUACGCUGGACAAGAAGCACCAAGCUCAAGAGGAGGAGGAGGAGGAAGAUGACGGCCCCGAGGACCUCCCGACGUUCACCGAGUGGGUCGUGCUCAAGGUCAAGCAGACGUCCAUCGCGCGUCGCCUGGCGCGUGACGACUGUCCGUACCGCGGCUGGGCCUUCGUCUACGGCUUCACGCUCGCGCUCUUCUUCGCGUUCCGGUGCAACACGCUCGGAGCGUUGAUCUCCAUGUACGGCACGGAAGCCGACGACACCUUCUGGGUCGUGCUGGGGGCGUUGGCGCUCGGGUUCCUCGAGGACUUCGUCUGCGUCACGUACUUCGCGUGCGUCCUGUGGGCGCUGGACAGCGUCACGCCGGCGCUCAAAUGCUGCGGUCGGGGGCUCGUGGCUCGAAUCGUUGGCAACGUCACGUCCUUCUCGCUGUCGUGGCUGCUGUUCGUGCUCGUGGUGACGCCCGUGAUCGCCGACGGGCUCAUCGUGCGGCUGCGCGACAUGCGCUUCACCUUCGACAUCGUGGUCAUGGCCAUCGACGAGAAGGACAACGCCAGCUCCUUCGAGGUGUCGGACAAGGAGAUCAAGGACGCGGUCAUCAACGUGCUAGUGCUCGUAGUCUCCGCUACGGUCUUCGCAGCUGUGCGGACGCGCGCGCCGUGGGCGGAUCUGUCCACGUGGAACCCGACGCACAUCGCGCUGCGCGCGAAAUCCUCGCACGCGUACAACCCCAUGAGCUUGAAGAGCAAUGACUCCAGUACCAAGCGCAAAGACGCCAACGUCGAGCUCGCUCCGUUGGCAAAGGAGAAGGCAGAUGUCUCGAUUGACAAUGGCUCCGGUACCCCCAAGUACGUGGCGGUGGACAUCGGCGACGCUACCGAAAGCACGGAAGCGGAUACGAUGUCGCCCUCAGACGUGGAAAACGACGGUGUCGACCGUCUCUCAGCCGCCAAGAAGCCGAUGGCAAAGGCGAAGGACAAGUGUCAGUACGUGAAGCAGUUCCUGGUGGCGCUCGUUGCUCUGGUCUUCCUCCCGCUCUUCGUGAUCGCGCUCAUCAACGCGGUGUCUCCUCUCGUUGCCUACUCGGCUUUGAACACGUCGUUGAACGAGGCUCUGGGCCACGCGUACCAGCCUGACGCGGAGGGCGGCGCCUCGGCGGUGGACGAAGCGGAUGUGCCCUGGGUCGAGACGUACAUCCACCACGCGACCGAGAAGCACGAGCUCUUUGGAAACGACACGCUGUACCGCAAGACGACGGGCUUCAAGGGCGAAUUGGCGUUCGACGUCAAGGUGAGCAAGAAGGACCCACCGAACGUGCUGCUCAUUGUGGUGGAGUCCUUCCGCUUCCACGACUCGCACUACCUCGUAGGAGAGGAGGACCCGUCCAACCUGUUCAAGGGCACCAACAUCACUGUCACCCCCAACUUCGACAAGUGGGCCAAGAGGGGCAUCGCCCUACGUAACUACUGGUCUAGCUGGCGUACGAGUCGAUCCGUGGAGAGUUUGCUGUUCGCUCAACUGCCGUACGAUCACGUGACCAAAUCCGGUAUGACGGGAGGCCAGAAGAACACCAAGCUCUCGGGCCUACCGCAGCUCUUCUCGGCCAAGGGCUACGAGACGUUCUUCACCACUGGCUGCAAGACAUACUACGACAGUUGGAACGCCUUCCUGCCUGCUCACGGGUUCGACACGGUCUGGAGUCGCAACGAGAUGAUGAAGCUGGCGGAGAGCGACCUGGGCAUCAAACCCGGCGACUGGAAGGGCCCGGAACACCGCGGUCUCAACUGGGGCGUGCACGACGACCUGAGCUUCCAGCUUCUGGGCGACCUGCUGGUCAACAAGACCAAGGAGCAGCAGGAGCGCGUGGCCAAGGGAGAGCCCAAGAAGCCGCUGUUCCUCAACCACUACACCAUCUCGAGCCACGUCAACUACAAGCAGCGCCCGAAAUGGUACGACGAGUCCGAGAAGCCCGACUUCUCGGCGCUCUACGAGGGCCAGAAGUACGCCGACAACAUCAAGAACUACCUUGAGAUCCGCUACUUCACCGACAUGGAGUUCGGCAAGUUCAUGGACCGCAUGUCCGAGGCUGGGAUCCUUGAGGAUACGAUCGUGGUGGUCUCAGGAGACCACGGACAGGGCCCGGAGUUUGGUAAUGCCGUCCCGGAAGACCGCGACGUGUCUGCGACCCGUGUGGCUGGCGCUAUCGUCGCUGAAGGACGACUGGGCAAGAAUGUGGGCAUGGUCAUGGACGACGCAACAGAGCAGUACGACAUCUUGAACACUCUGGCGGAUAUCACGGGGGUCCCUGAGGGCGGAUUCGAGCAGGACGGCAUAGGUCGCUCGCUCAAGCGCAAGAUCAAGUUCGGCGAGCGCGUCGUGUACAGCAACAACCCGACGAGGAAGAUGUCGGUGGUGCGGGGGCACGAGCGACUGCGUUACGACAGAGUGACGGACGUGGUGCUGCUGCACAACGCCGACACGGAUCACGAUAUGAAGCACGAUCUGCUGCCGAGUCUCACGGAGGAGGAGCGGGAGGACUGGCUCAACUGGCGCGCCGCAGGACGGCGAAUCAACUCGUACUACACCAAGAGGUGGAAGGAGAAGUGUUUCCUUGCGGCAGACGCCUCAGAAUGUACGUCCAACUAG